UCUCGGAAGUGUCACUUUUAGCUAAAGUUUGGCAUAUGCGGCUCAGCGGCAGCGGCUCCGAACGGACCUGUGACAUUUAAGAUUAAAUGGCGGCCAUUAAGCACUGAGACAGGGGGCGGCAGGAUGUCUGUGGAGGUGGACCUGCUGCUGCAGGAGGCGAAGGAGAGCAUUGAGGCGGCCCAGAACUACCGCAGCGAGCUCCAGCAGCGUCUGCACGGCCUCAACCAGGCGCGCAAACAGAUUCGAGGCAGCUCAGGUCAGGCCCGCGAGGCUCUCAAGAGGCACUUCACAGAGCUGCAGGCGGCGGCGGGUCGCCUGCUGUCGGAGCGACUGGCCGGCCUGCUGGCCGAGGUCGACGCCAUCGAGGCCGACAGCAUCAAACCUCUGGAUGACUGUCAGAGCCUCAUCGAGCACGGCGUGGGACAGGCCGACGAGCUGCUGAGGGAAGGAGAAGCAGCUCUGCGAUGUGGCCUCGGGGAGAAGGAGGACAAACUGGGCAGCUUUACGAAGAAAGCCCUGCACAUCCAGCUGGACAGUCUUCCUGAGGUUCCCGCUUUGGUGGACGUCCCGUGUGUUUCAGCCCAGCUUGACGACUCGCUCCUGAGCCUGCUGAGGGACCGGGUGUCCCGCCACGGCUGCGUCUCCUCCCAUCCGCCCGUCCAGAUAGAGGAGCUGCAGGAGAGGCCGGGCAGCGUCCUGGUCCGCUGGUGUAAGGUGGACGAGGACUUUGCUGCUGCAGAUUACCGGCUGCAGUACCGGCGGUCGGGCAGCGGGGGGAGCCAGUACGAGGACGCCUACAUUGGUCGGGACUGUGAGUUCCUGGUUCUCCACCUGGAUCCUCACACAGACUACCUGUUUCGGGUCUGCGCCCGUGGGGAGGGCCGCACCGAGUGGAGUCCCUGGAGCAUCCCGCAGACGGGCUACACCACUCUGGCUGCACACGAGUGGCGUUCAGGGACAGAAGGCUACAUCCUGAGCAGCAGGAAAAACAUCGCCCUGCGGAACGACUCCUCCCAGGGCCGCAGCACCGUCCUUUACUCCAACGCCCCCACCUACUUCUGCGGGCAGACGCUGACCUUUAAGAUCUCUGCUGCAGGUCAGCUCAGCCGGCUGGACAGCCUGGGGGUUUGCAUCGACGCUCAGAGCGGCGAGGAGUCUCUGCAGAGAGACCAGGCCGUCUGCAUCUCCACCAACGGCGCUGUUUUCGUCAACGGUAAAGAGAUGACCAAUCAGCUUCCAGCCAUCACCGUGGGCUCGGCCGUGACCUUUGACAUGGAGGUGGUCAACCUGCUCCCCAUCAGCAACAACAACCUGAGCGAGGGCGGCCAUUUCAAGCUGAGGGUGACCAUCGGCUCCGGGAACAGGGAGGUGGUCUUUGAUUGGCUGGUGGACCAGGCGGUAGACUGCCUCUUCUUCGGCUGCUCCUUCGUCCACUCCGGCUGGAAAGUCCUCGUGUUUUAGGAAGAUUAAUCGUUCGAUUUUUUUUUUUAACUUUCUCUUGUCUUUUGACGGUGAGCAUCUGGUCCUCAGGCAUCCAGGAACUCUGGGAUCGCAGCGACCUCCACCACGCUGAUGGAGCGCAACGUUUCGCACAUCAAAACCCGCCCCUUUAUUUCCCCUUCAUGAUUUUCUAUUAACUAUUAAAUCAAAAAUACAACUUUUCUUUAAAGAUCAGUUUUAACGGUUUUCAGUUACGUAGAUCUGUCACUAUUUUAAUUUUUGUUUCAAUCAGAAGGUUUAAAGUUAAAGCGGCAAAUUUAUAUCCGCUCAAAAAUACUUUAAACUCAAAACGUACCGACCCUGUGAUGGAAGUCUUAAUCUAAAGAACACAUUGGAGAUCUUUACUGUUUUUGUCUUAAAUGCUUGGAAACUGCCAUGAAAUAAUUUACAAAAUGUAAUUGAUGGAUCAGGAA